UACAGUUCAGAAGGGGACUCUGUAUACCUGUGUUUGUGUGAGCCUGUGUGUGCUUGUGUGCGUGUGUGUGAGUGAGUGUCUAAAUGCGUCAGCUCAACUAUGUGUGCCUCCAUGGCUGCCAAGUGGAUAGUUAAGCUGGGCACUCUUGCAACUGUUAUUACUUUCCAUAAGAGGCAGGCUGAGCUAGAGGCACCUUGCGCUUUACAGAGUACAGCGGGCUGGCAGAAAUUUUUGCAUUUAAGUUCCCUUUCUCCUAGUUAGCCUUAGCUCCAGAACCAUGGCACAGCAGGCUUCCAUUGACCCCACCAAGAUGGGUGUGGGUCGAGCCAUUGCCGUCCUGACUUCCGGCGGCGAUGCCCAGGGCCAGUUCUUCAUGAAUGAACAGCAGUGUAUGAAUGCAGCUGUGAGGGCCACAGUUCGAGUGGGGCUGUACACUGGAGCCAAGGUCUACUUUGUCCAUGAGGGUUACCAGGGUCUGGUGGAUGGGGGAGACAACAUCCGCCCUGCGACUUGGGAAAGUGUGUCUAUGAUGCUUCAGCUGGGUGGAACAGUGAUUGGUAGUGCCCGCUGUCAGGAUUUCCGCACGAAAGAGGGACGCACGAAGGCUGCAUGCAACUUGGUCAAGCUCGGUAUCACCAACCUGUGCGUCAUUGGAGGUGAUGGCAGUCUGACAGGGGCCAACCAGUUCAGAACAGAGUGGAAAGACCUGCUGGCAGACCUGGUUAAAGCUGGGAAAAUAACUGCAAAUGAGGCCAAAAGUUCCUCCCACCUCCAUAUUGUUGGCAUGGUGGGCUCUAUUGACAACGACUUCUGCGGAACGGACAUGACAAUUGGCACGGACUCUGCCCUGCACCGUAUCAUAGAGAUAGUGGAUGCCAUUACCACCACAGCACAGAGUCAUCAGAGGACCUUCAUUCUUGAGGUCAUGGGGAGACAUUGUGGUUACCUUGCCUUGGUGACAGCUCUGGCAUGUGGCGCUGACUGGGUGUUCAUCCCAGAGAUGCCCCCAGAUGACGGAUGGGAGGAGCAUCUGUGCAGAAGAUUGGCAGGGCAAAGAGGCCGUGGCUCCCGCUUGAAUAUCAUCAUUGUUGCAGAGGGAGCAAUGGAUCGCAGUGGUAAAGCAAUCUCCUGUGAGACUGUCAAACAGCUAGUAUCAAAAAAGCUCGGCUUUGACACUCGCACCACCAUCCUGGGCCAUGUACAGAGAGGAGGAACACCUUCUGCUUUCGAUAGAAUCUUGGCCAGCAGAAUGGGCGUGGAGGCUGUCAUGGCACUGCUGGAAGCUACACCAGAUACUCCAGCCUGUGUGGUCAGCUUGUCUGGAAACAUGGCCGUCAGGCUGCCUCUCAUGGAGUGUGUGCAAGUGACUAAAGAUGUCACAACAGCCAUGGCCGAAGGGCGGUAUGAUGAGGCAGUGAAGCUCAGGGGAAAGAGCUUUGAGAACAAUUGGAGCACUUACAAAAUGCUGGCUCAUGUCCACCCGCCAGAAACAAAGAGUAAUAUCAACAUUGCCAUUCUGAAUGUGGGAGCUCCAUGUGCUGGCAUGAAUGCUGCUGUGCGUGCAGCUGUCAGAGUCGGGCUCCUCCAGGGCCACCAGAUGUUGGCAGUGCAUGACAGCUUUGAUGGUUUAGCUCAUGGAAUGAUUGAGCCGAUUGGUUGGUCUGGAGUGGCAGGAUGGACUGGGAAGGGUGGCUCCAUCCUGGGCACAAAGAGAAGCCUACCACAUGAGUUCAUGGAGGAGAUCAGUUUGUCCAUCACCAAGUUCAACAUACAUGGUAUUAUCAUCAUUGGGGGCUUUGAGGCAUUCCUGGGAGGUCUAGAGAUGGUGCAAGCUCGAGAGAAAUAUGAGGAACUGUGUAUUCCGAUUGUUGUUGUUCCUGCCACUGUGUCCAACAAUGUUCCAGGAUCUGACUUCAGCAUUGGCGCAGACACUGCCCUUAACACCAUAACCAUGACAUGCGACAGGAUCAAGCAAUCUGCUGCUGGCACCAAAAGAAGAGUGUUCAUUGUUGAAACUAUGGGGGGAUACUGCGGCUACCUGGCAACAAUGGCUGGGUUAGCAUCUGGAGCUGAUGCUGCCUACAUUUAUGAGGAGCCUAUCAACAUUCAUGACCUUGAGGUUAAUGUUGAACAUCUGGUGGAGAAGAUGAAGACCACAGUGAAGAGAGGCUUGAUUUUGAGAAAUGAGAAGUGUAAUGCAAACUAUACUACUGACUUUAUCUUCAACCUGUAUUCGGAGGAGGGCAAAGGUGUGUUUGACUGCAGGAAGAAUGUCCUUGGUCAUAUGCAGCAGGGUGGAACACCCACUCCCUUUGACAGGAACUUUGGCACAAAGAUGGGAAUUAAGUCUGUCCUUUGGGUAACUGACAAGCUGAAGGAAUGCUACAGACACGGUCGCAUCUUUGCCAACUCUCAAGAUUCGGCCUGUGUGCUGGGAAUGAGGAAAAGAGCUUUGGUUUUUCAGCCUCUGGCUGAACUUAAAGAAGAGACUGACUUUGAGCAUCGUAUUCCAAAGACCCAGUGGUGGGUAAGGCUCAGGCCCAUCCUGAAAAUCCUGGCUAAGUACAAGAUCAACCUUGACACUUCAGAGAAGGCUUCCAUGGAACAUGUCAUCAAGAAGAGGGGCCUUGUUCCUCAGUAGUCUGUGCGACUGAAUUCAGCAUAUUGUCUUCCUUUAAAGAACUUUGUAUAGUCCGUUUUAAGGAGAGUGCAAUAUAUUUAAACAAAUAAAAUAAAAAUAUCCAGAACCUGAUUAAGAAAAAAAAUCCCAAAAUGCACAACCUGUUUUUUUCUGUGGGAAAUUAGUCUAAGCUCAAUAAAAAAUCAAAUAAAAGUGUUCCCAUCUGCCAAACAGUUGAAUCGGAAAAAUGUUUUUUCAUCUUCUGUCAUAACCAAUAAAAAUUUGAAACAUUUUUUGAAAGAUCA